AUACUCGUGUUUUGUUUUUGGCUUAAGAACCAUAUUACUUAGUACAUCUUCUGUAUACAGCUCCAUUUUGUAGUUUUAAGUGGUUAAGUGGUUGACGGUAGCUUUUAGACUCUCUGAACAAAUGUAAACACACGCGAUGAAGAGGAGUGAAGGUUCCGCUUGACACACGGACGGAAGCAAACAAACAGGAGCACGAGCAGACAGAAGUGGGUUUGCUGGUUUGCUACAGUUUCACUGAGGUCCCCGUCUCCUAUGGAUUCACUCAACACUUUUGAAUCUGAGAUGGAGGCUGAGGGUCAGGGGAACUACUCUCUGUUUCCUGCUCUGGACAGCAUUGCAAGUCUAUCUGGGACCGCUGAGACUCUGGAGAGCGAACCACCAAGUGAAAUAUCAGAGAAGCCAAACUUGACGUGGCUCGAUGCUGCACAGAUUGUUUUGGAAGAAGCUGGGCGUCCCAUGCACAUAAAGGAGAUCAAACAGAAAAUCAUCGACAGGGGACUUGUUCAAUCCAAUGCGAAGUCAAGCCUGGAGGCCGUCAUGUACCGUGAGACACAAAAAGGCAGCAGGAGAUUCAAGAGGAUUGAGAACAGAAACGGAGUCUUUGCACUGCUGACGGACGAGGAGCGGCAGCAGGCCCUGCAGGCCUUCACCACCCAGUCUUUCCUCGGCUCCCCACAGCACAAUACCGUCUCCAGUUCUGGCUCGGGGGCCUCGGGGCACGCCUUCCCCUCCCCCACCAGUUCCUCAGAGCAUCGGACCAAGGUGAAGAGAGGCCCACGAAAAAAACUAAAUGAAAAGUACCAACUCAAGUACCUGAGACUGCGCAAAGUUGCCCGCGCCAUGAUAUUUGAGAAUGCAGCUCUCUGUGAUGAAGUUGCCCACUUAGAAGAGAAGUUUCUGAGAGCUAAGGAGGAGCGGAGGUUUUUGCUGAAGUCCUUGUUGCAGUACCAGUCUUUCUCAGAGGGGGAGCUACUGCCCACACCGAGCUCAAGCUCUCAUCCGCCUGGACCGCCUGCAGCAUUGACCUCAGGUGCUGCAGGGGCUUCAGGCCUGUCUGGGGGGCACAACCUGGCAUCAACGGGGGAAGAGGGACCUCUCAAAAAACCCAAGAAGGAAAGGAAAGAGCGAGGCAGGGAAAAUGGAAAGGAGGAAUUUCCAAAGAAGACAUCUAAGAAGAGAAAGCUGGCCGACGGGUCUCGGAAACUGGUGCAGCCCAUCGCUCUGGACUCGUCUGGCCGCCCCGUCUUCCCCAUCGUACUGGGAGGUUUAACGGUCUACAGCCUGGGAGAGAUCAUCACAGACAGGAUGUUGUUCCAUGAUGAGUGCGCCAUCUACCCGGUGGGCUUCUGCAGCACUCGGGUCUUUGCCAGCAUGAAAAGCCCCGACCAGCAGUGCCUCUACACCUGCCAAAUCAAGGAUGUGGGAGCAGGUCCACAGUUUGAGAUUGUGCCUGAAGAGGAUCCUCAGAAUGCCAUCGUGGCCUCCUCGGCCCUGACGUGCCACUCCAACCUACUGAAGGCCAUCGCGUCCGUCAGUUCCAAGUCUGUGGCGCCCAUCGUGCCAUCGGGGGCUGACUUCUUCGGCUUCUCACACCCGACCAUCCAGAAUCUCAUCCAGAGUUGUCCCGGAGCGCGCAAAUGUAGCAACUACCGAUGGAUCCGCUUUGAGGUGUGUCGCACGGGCGACGGCCAGGUUCCUCACAGCCUGUCGGAGGACAAUGCCUCAGUCAACUUUGAGGCCUACCAGAGACAUCGGGGCUUUGUUGACAACAUCAAGACGGAGCACAUGACAGGACAGGCACCGCAGUCCCCUAGCUCAUCUCAUCAGCACCACCUGACCUCCCCCACCAUGAAGCCCUCUACCUCGUAUUUCAGCUCCUGACCCUGAAAGUGAAUUGCCCCCCCCUCCCAGGACUCAGAGCUGUUAUUUAUUGUAUGACGUCUUCUAGUGAGUCCCAGACAGCAUUGCUGGGGGAUGUGUGCUAAUAUAGCUGAUGCAACUAUACUAGAGUUAGCUUUGUGCUUAAUGUGCCAAUAACACAUCUGUAUAGACGGUUGCAUUUCUGUAUGUAUAUAAACAUGUGCUGGAUUUUAGAAAUUGAAUCCCACUUGAUGUUAAACUUUUUUUACUAAUUGGAAAUCAAAAAGUACAAGUCAAUUUUGAUUAAUCAAUAAUUUUAUUGUAUUGCCAUCUUGUUUUACUUGCAAGUUAAAGCUUUGGCCUUAAAUGAAAGACACCCACACAAACUUAGUUUUAUCAUUUAUUCGUGCAAAUAAUGUUCAGUUACAAAAAUUAAUUUGUGUUGUAAACUUGAAAAUCCAGAGUUUUGUUCAAAUAAAACAUCAGUCAUGCUUUUCUA